AUGGAGAGAGGGAGGAGCCGAAGAGUCACCGGAAGUUUGGAAGAUCCGGGUUGGACUAAAGUGAUCAGAAGAAAAAAGAUCUCGAAUCAAGGUUGGAUUGGGGAUCAUUCCAGGGAUGUUGGAGGAGCUGCAACAACUUUCUUUGUCGCCAACAUUCCAGAAAAUUGGAAUGCAGCGAGAUUGUGGAAAGUUUUUCAGAGAUUUAUCAAAGUGGAGAAUGAGGAGAGGUUAGAAAGAGAGAUGAAUGAGAUUCAGUUAGGUGGAAAGAAGCUGAUAGCCAAUGUUUCGAAGUUCAAAAGAAGAAAGUGGUUGGCAGUUAGAAUAAGCAAGGAGUUAGACCAAUUAAACCCGUUUUUUUCAAUACCAAUUCUGUACCGGUGGCCAGAGGCUCUAGAUCAUAUGCUGAUGUGGUUUCCGGGUCUCUCAUUCUAUGUUAGAAUUCAGGAAGAUGGUGAUGAAUGGCGACCUCCUGGUUGUGACCAAGAAUAUGAGAAAGACUCUGAGGAUGACUCAGAUUAUUAUGAUGAUUGUCUUUCUGAUGAUGAAAGAAAUGGUUUAACCGGUGAGAAUAAGGAUCAUAGAGAUGACAAUGAGAAAGGAGAAGAUGGGUUUCAAUCGUCGGUGAUCAGAGAUCAAAUGGAGGUGUCUCCGGUGAAUGACCUAGGGAAGGAGGAAGAGGAAUUUAAUGCUAGAGACGCUUCGUUACCUGAAGUCGCUUUUUCCUUGGAGAAUGAAGUAUGUGACGAAGAUAUGGGGUCCACAGAGGUAAAUGGUAAUACAGACGGUUUGUCUAAUUUGGGCCAAGUGGGACAAACUGGACUGAUUGUUGAAAAAGUUUUUGGGGCCUCUCAUAUCAGUGAUCCAUUUGAAAAUAUGAUGGAGGAAUUUAGUGGGCCUGGUUCGCAUCAUAAUUUUAACACAAUACCUUAUCUAAACAAGAUUAUGGAAACGUAUGUUUUAGGGAUUUCAAAGUCAGAGCAUUCCAAUUCAAUUCGAGAGGAUGCUCUAAAGAGGAGUAAAAGCAUUCCAAACAAAGCUUUCCAUCAGUAA